GAUCGAGGCAGUGGAUUGUGUUCGUGGGCGAUGGCAAGUUUCGCAAUCGGUAAUCAUGUUGAUUCUGCCUUGGUAUUUGUUUUCUGUUAAUCUUCUUUGGUCGUACUUGCCGUGCAUUCCGUGCCCCCGUCCCCAAAUGCCUCUCAUUUGUAAGACGCCCAGCCUUUCUCCCCCCAAUCAUUUCCCUUUUCCCCUUCCAAGAUCUGGCGCCCCAAUUCAAUCAACCAACAAACAAACAACACCAAUUUACCUGUCUGUCACUGUUCGCCGUUCCUUAUUGCGCCGGAGCUAGCAGACCGACCCCAAUUGGCCUCCCAUCGGCGCUGACUUAAUCCUUCCUCCCCCCCCCCCCC